AUGCUUGUUUGUUUGUCAUCUUUUACAGAGGCCAUUCCUCCAGGAAAUAUCCAAGUUUCUGAUGUCAGCAUUAGUACGGUGUCUCUUACCUGGGAAACACCGGCUGGUGAUGUGGGGGGCUACGUUGUGACCUGUUUCUGUGAUUCAGAGACACACGGAGAGAAGACAACAGAUUCAGAAAGUGUGACAUUCUACGAUCUGAAGCCAGGGCUCAAGUAUGACUUCCAAAUUAAAACACAGCUGAAAGGCGGAGGACUCAGUGAGCCUGCUAUUGCAUCUGCCCACACUGAGGCCAUUCCUCCAGGAAAUUUCAAAGUUUCUGAUGUCAGCAUUAGUACGGUGUCUCUUACCUGGGAAACAUCGGCUGGUGAGGUGGGGGGCUACGUUGUGACCUGUUUCUGUGAUUCAGAGACACACGGAGAGCAGACAACUGAUUCAGAAAGUGUGACAUUCUACGAUCUGAAGCCAGGGCUCAAGUAUGACUUUCAAAUUAAAACACAGCUGAAAAGCGGAGGACUCAGCCAGCCUGCCUUGGCAUCUGCCCACACAGAGGCCAUUCCUCCAGGAAAUGUCCAAGUUUCCGAUGUCAGCAUUAGUACGGUGUCUCUUACCUGGGAAACACCGGCUGGUGAGGUGGGGGGCUACGUUGUGACCUGUUUCUGUGAUUCAGAGACACAUGGAGAGAGGACAACAGAUUCAGAAAGUGUGACAUUCUACGAUCUGAAGCCAGGGCUCAAGUAUGACUUCCAAAUUAAAACACAGCUGAAAAGCGGAGGACUCAGCCAGCCUGCCUUGGCAUCUGCCCACACAGAGGCCAUUCCUCCAGGAAAUGUCCAAGUUACCCAUGUCAGCAGUAGUACAGUGUCUCUUACUUGGGAAACACCUGCUGGUGAGGUGGAGGGUUAUGUUGUGACCUGUUACUGUGACUCAGAGACACACGGAGAGCAGACAACAGAUCUAGACAGUGUGACAUUCUCCAAUCUGAAGCCAGGGCUCAAGUAUGACUUCCACAUUAAAACACAGAUGAAAAGCGGAGGACUCAGCCAGCCUGCCUCGACAUCUGCCCACACAGAGGCCAUUCCUCCAGGAAAUGUCCAAGUUACCCAUGUCAGCAGUAGUACGGUGUCUCUUACUUGGGAAACACCU